CUGUUCUCAGAUACUACUUUUUCUACUUGACUUUACCCUCCAUCUAAUCUACUAAGAAAAUUUCUACUUGUCCACGCGUCUUUGGACCAGAUUGACACCAUGACAGUCAGAUGUCUAUGUGAGCACGAGGAGUGCGACGAAACCUGUGAAUCCAAAUCUGGAUUUGGGGAUCAUUCAAACUAUUCAUGAGGGCGCUCGAUACCCUUAUGAAUACGAAGGGUGCGAUAAGGCCUUCACUACCUGAACGAACACAGUCGGCCCCACGACCUCUUAUUGCUUACCUCGGAUGCCUGAAAACAUAUCUGGGGAGAAUUACACACGAUUACGGCGGUCUACACCUGCUCGAAGCAUUAGACUUGCUCCUCUGCAAUUGCCAAGCGCCGAUUCGACGAGCGGGGAGCCAGGCUGAAUCCCCAUGCAAUAACAGGCGUUGCUACCUCCGGUGCAGAAUGUCUAAACGAGAUGGUUCUGUCACAUGUACCUCUGCGAGAUUGUCUUCGAUACUGUUAUCGACUUCGACACGGCUCGUUUCACUUUACAUGGCUUGAGAAACGAUACACCGUCGAAACGAAAGACAGUCAAGACCUUCGGACUCAAGCCGUUGUGUACACUGUUCGACUCUUUGGGCGCUGUGGACAUAUGUUGAUCCCCCGAUAAAGCUGAACACUAUGUCAAAUGACAAAUUAUGCGAUGCCGAGACUGACAAUAAUCGUUGGCUCUCUGAUUGGAAUAAAUAUCUUGAGAAUGUCCACCAAAUAACUCUGGAUUGCCAUACCAAUCAGUAGAUGGGGGCCUUCCGGAUCUUGAGGCAGCGUGCCGGUUACCAUGAGAAAGCAAUGGAUUCAUCCCCAUCACUACCAGGCUAUCCGGGAUCGUGUCCAAAGGAUUCGAGAUGACAAGGGGCCGCCACCAGACCUUGCUAUACUAGAUAACGAGUUCUCACCCUCCUCUCAACGGCCUUUUGAGAUUCCAAUCGUCAAUCGUGUUCACAGCCGAACAUUGAUUAACACUCUAGCAAAGCGUCCUGAAAGAUCCCUUGUCACAAGCAGUCUAUACGACUCAGCUUCUAGUCGGCUCUCGGCCAGUAUCAAGAGCGAAGGGCGAAGGAAAUCGACUCGGUGUCUGAUCCUUCGAAUUGACGAAUAGACAUGCAUGGAGCUGCGUCUGAAUGUAGAAAGUUGGCGUCUCAAAGAAAACAGCUCUUCUCGUCUAUCAUCAAUCAAAGACUGAUCUGUCAAUUUUGAGAAACGGCCUUGAGACUGGAAGUUAUAGCGAUAUCCUGCGAAACAAUGAUAAUGGCAUCCAGAUACUUAAACUUCCAGCAACUGUCAGCGCCAUCCGGUUUAGGAUUUUGCCUCUGAAGAUUACGAUUGAUUUUUUAUGUCUUUUAUCCUCGUCAUAAUCUUUACGGGAGCGAUAGUCUCAGGGCCUGAAUCGCAGUCAGGAAAUGGCAGCCAUUUGGCAGGGACAGAUUCUGGAUUUCUUGGACCGGAAAAAGACCGUGAAUCAAGUAGCCUCGCGACCAAGUUACUCGAUCUGGCGACUCCGGGGAAAAUCCGAUGUGGGGAGAAGCGACAGCGAUGGGAGUCACCCAGACCAAACUGAAAGUCAUGAUCAGCAACAUUUACGUAGGUUUGUAGCGAUGUCGGACGCGUCCCUGGCAGGGCAGACCGUGAUUGGUGUAAAAUACCAUUUACGCCCAAUCGUGGUAAGUGGAUUACGGAACCUGUGGUCCGUCUGCGUCACUUUUCCGGCCGUCGGAUGCCAAAGACCCAAUGACUCUAGAAAGCUUUUGAAUAUUACCCCAGGCCCACUUCAGGGCCUUUAAAACGCCAUCAAACCCCUGCGAUCCGAAUUGUAAUCAAUCGAACAAAGAUCUUAUCAAUUCUAGACGUCAAUUGCAGCUGCAGCCCAUUUCUCAAGAUGUCUAUCACCAGCAAUAACGCGACCAAUCCAUAUUCGAGCGUCAACGACCUCCUCAGCAAUGUCCGCAAUUUCAAGAUCAUCGAGUCAACCCUGAGAGAGGGUGAACAAUUCGCCAAUUCGUACUUCUCAACUGAGACCAAGAUCAAGAUCGCCAAGAUGCUCGAUGAGUUCGGUGUCGACUAUAUAGAGCUCACGAACCCAGCUGCAAGCCCACAAUCCCGUGAUGAUUGCGCAGCUAUCUGCAAGCUCGGCCUCAAGGCUAAGAUUCUAACACACACAAGAUGUACCAUGGAGGAUGCUAAGCUUGCGUGUGACUGUGGAGUUGACGGUGUUGAUGUCGUUAUUGGAACGAGCCAAUUCCUCCGAGAGCAUUCCCUGGGCGGCAAGAACAUGGCCGCUAUCACCAAGCAGGCCAUUGAGGUCAUUGAGUAUAUUAAGAGCCGAGGAUGCGAAGUCCGCUUCUCAAGUGAAGAUUCUUUCCGAUCUGAUCUAGUUGAUUUGCUCUCAAUCUACCGCGCAGUCAACAAUGUCGGCGUCAACAGAGUAGGCGUGGCAGAUACCGUUGGUUGUGCUUCACCAAGACAGGUCUACGACCUCGUCCGAACUCUCCGAGGUUGUGUUUCCACCGAUAUCGAGGUUCAUUUUCACGAUGAUACAGGCUCUGCUGUUGCGAACGCUUUUUCUGCCCUUGAAGCUGGCGCUACACACGUCGACACAUCCGUACUCGGCAUUGGAGAACGAAACGGCAUUACCGCUCUUGGAGCUCUCAUGGCUAGAAUGAUGCCCACCUCCAGAGACUAUAUUCUCUCCAAGUACAAGCUGAACGAACUCAAGAAGAUCGAAGAUUUCGUCGCAGAAUGCGUAGAGAUCAACGUGCCAUUCAACAACCCAAUCACCGGCUUCUGCGCAUUCACCCACAAGGCCGGUAUCCACGCCAAGGCAAUCCUCAACGACCCCUCCACGUAUGAGAUCCUCAAGCCUGAAGAUUUCGGUCUAUCAAGAUACGUGCACUUCACGUCACGACUCACCGGAUGGAACGCCAUCAAGAGUCGUGUUGACCAGCUUGGUCUCAAGAUGACCGACGAUCAGGUCAAGGAGUGUACGGCUAAGCUCAAGAGCAUGGCUGAUCUCAAGGUGAUGACACUUGAUGAGAGCGAUGCCUUGAUCAGAAGCUUUCACUUGGAACUACAAAAUGAAAAUGGAGCAUAGAUAAAAGAAAAAUAAGGGUGCUAGCGAAGUGCCUUGGUCUGCAACAAAACAUAGGAGACAUGCGCUCUGGCCACGUUAAUUGUGAAAAGUUUGUCUUCCUGUAUCAAGCCUUCAACCUGGCUUAUCUGUACUUGAAGCUUGUGAUAUCCUAGUACGGCUGCCUGGACUGCCUAAAUUACCGCCCACCUCCACACGUG